UGCUCUGCUCCUCCGAGCUCGCUCUCUCUCUCUCUCUCUCUCUCUCUCUCUCUCUCUUCUCCCGCCCGUGUCCGCGUCCUCUGCGGGAAGCUUGCAGGCAUGAGGAGCGGCAGAGUCCCUGGACGAGGAGGCGGUGACGGUCGUGGUGGAGAGACCGCCGCCCUCCUGUGCGGCCUCCUGCUCUUGCUCGGCGCCGCCGACGCGCAGGGCAUCCGGCGCCCCUCUUCCUACAAAACCUUACGAGGUGAUGCUCCCCUUGUGAUCGCCAAAGGUGGAUUUUCAGGAGUAUUUCCUGAUUCCAGUUAUGGCGCGUUUUCUUUCGCAUUGCUUGCUAGUGCACCUGAUACAAGUCUGUGGUGUGAUGUGCAACUCACAAAGGAUGGUGUUGGAAUUUGCCUUCGGGAUAUAAAUAUGUCAAACUGCACCAAUGCUGCACAAGUCUACCCUGCGAAAAAUAAAAAAGAGGCAAAAUAUGUUAUCGAUGGCGUGCCAAAAACUGGAUACUUCUCUCUGGACUUCACCUUGUCUGAGAUUCAAACGACAAUUUCUUUAACACAGGGGAUUUAUUCUCGCACUGAAAGGUUUGAUACCAUGUAUUAUAUCCUUUCCGUGACAGACUUUCAGUCCAAUGUCAAGCCGCCUUCUGUUUGGUUGAAUGUUCAGCGUGACAUAUUCUAUAAGCAACAUGGUUUGAACAUGAGAAGCUACAUAGUUUCCAUCCUAAAGAGUGUCCCUGUCAAGUAUAUUUCAUCACCUGAGUUGGGUUUCCUCAAAAGUAUAUCUAAAAGAGUUGGCGGCAGAACAAAGCUUGUGUUUCGCUUUCCUGAUAACUUUCUCUCCGAUCCUUCUACAAACCAAACUUACAGCUCACUGUCGAAGAACCUAACAUUUAUUAAGACCAUUGCUUCUGGUAUCAUGGUCCCCAAGACCUACAUCUGGCCAGUGACGAAUGAUAACUAUCUGGAGCCUCCAACAUCUUUUGUCCGAGAUGCCCACAGUGCAGGGCUAGAAAUAUAUGCAUCUGACUUCGCAAAUGAUAGAAUUAUUCCCUAUAACUACAGUUAUGAUCCCUUGCAAGAAUACCUAUCAUUUAUAAGUGAUGGCGGCUUCUCUGUGGAUGGUGUAUUAACAGACUACCCUAUUACUGCAUCCGAGGCUAUUGGCUGUUUUGCUGACUUGAAUGCAAGUAAGGCGGAUCAUGGGAAACCUUUAAUCAUUUCACAUAAUGGUGCCAGUGGAGACUACCCAGAUUGUACUGAUCUUGCCUACCAGAAUGCAAUUAAGGAUGGUGCUGACGUGAUUGACUGUGUCCUUCAAGUGACAAAAGAUCGAGUUCUUAUUUGCAUGAGUUCCAUCAACCUGCUCGAGACCACCAAUGUUCAGAUGACACCUUUCAGUUCCCGUACAUCUGUCAUUCCUGAAGUUCGGGGUACACCAGGGAUUUUUACAUUCAACCUUACUUGGAAUGACAUUAGCGAUAGUUCUUUGAAACCCAAGAUAUCUAGCCCAUUGAGUACCUACUAUCUUGUAAGAAACCCGAGAUACACAAAUAAUGGGAAGUUUGUCAAGUUCUCGGACUUUCUGGAAUUUGGAAAGGAUCAGGAUUUGUCUGGCAUCAUGAUCAUUAUCGAGAAUGCCGCAUUUAUGGCGAAGUCAUUAGGAUUUGAUGUUCUCGAGUCCCUAACCACUGCCUUAAAUGAUGCUGGCUAUAAUAAUCAAACUACCAAGGAAGUCAUGAUCCAGUCAACAGAUAGUGCUGUUCUUGUGAAAUUGAAGCAGCAGAAAGCAAAAUACAAGCUUGUUUACACUCUCCCGUCAGGCAUUGGGUCUGCUUCUGUUUCCUCACUAACAGAUGUUAAGGAGUUUGCUGAGGCUGUAGUUGUCGACAGGAGUUCUUUCUUUGCACAAAGUGUGCAUUUUAUCAUCAACCACACCAGCCUUUUGACAGAUCUGCAGUCCGCAGGACUAACGGUAUACGCGCAGGUGUUCCGCAACGAGUUUGUAUCACAACCUUGGGACUUCUUCGGAGAUGAAACAGUGGAAAUUAAUAGCUAUGCCCAGUCGCUUAAAGUCGAUGGCUUAAUCACUGACUUCCCCAAGACAGUGAGGAGAUACAAGAGGAAUUCUUGUACGGGUUUGGGAAAUGACGUGCCCUCCUACAUGGGGAACGUUACUGUCGGUGGCCUGGCGCAACUACUCAAGAAUCAAGCCGCUCCUCAGGCCCAGCCGCCAUCUGUGGCACCAAUGCCAAAAUUGGACGCAUCAAGCGUGCAGCAGCCGCCAUUCCCCCCUGUCGCGCCCAAGAAUGCACCUUUUGGUGCCGGCCCACCUCCUGGUUCAUCGCCUUCUGCUGCUCACAAGACGGCUGUAAGCACCUGCAUUCUGCUGGUAGUGGCAUGUGCAACUCUUCUGCUUUGAGCAUCAAGCCAUGAGGCUGUGUGCUAGUAGGUUAAGUUACCGGAGGGACCGUUAGACUUGCGCAAGCUAUCAUCUUGCUAUUUUGUGCUAUACACACACACACACACACACACACACACACACACACACACACACACACACACACACAUAUCUGGCGUUCGUUUCUGUAGCUAUUCCGGCACAUUGGUGUAUUUGAUCUAUCAACUAAACUGAAAAGGUUCGGUUUAUCACUCUAGCAAGCACAAGUGCUCGAUAUUUCAUACAGUACUACAUUGCUGAGUGGUGAUCGGCGGGAAGAUGUUGUCUUACCAUUGUUGUGUAUAAAAGAACUGUACUUGUUAGCUGAAAAGAAUGUGUUGCGCUGUGAAAA